CUUGGAACAAGAUGGCAGCCUCCGAGACGGUUAGGUUACGGCUUCAAUUUGACUACCCACCGCCAACUACUCCUCACUGCACGGUCUUUUGGCUUCUGGUCGACUUGAACAGAUGCCGAGUAGUUACCGAUCUCAUUAGUCUCGUCCGCCAACGGUUCGGCUUCAGUUCUGGGGCCUUCCUAGGUCUCUACCUGGAUGGGGGGCUCCUGCCCCCUACCGAGAACGCGCGCGUGGUGCGAGACAACGACUGCCUUAGAGUUAAGUUAGAAGAGAAAGGAGUUGCUGAGAAUUCUGUAGUAGUCACUAAUGGUGAUGACACUCAUUUAUUACCUCGAAAAGCAAAGAAGCGGGCGAUUAAGUCUGAGGAGGAAGAAGCUGAACUAGAUUACAGAUAUUCAAAGAAGCAAUGGAAGAGGCAAGGGAGCAAUAACGAGAAGACCUUGGAUCUGGAACCAAAAGUUGCCACAGGUCAGAGUGUGAGGAAAAAAAACAAGAAGAAAAACAAAAUAAUAUGUGGUGGAAUGGAUGAUGAGGAGGAGGAGGAGAAAAAAGGACAAUCACCCAAGAAAAAGGAAAAAUUUGAAUAUAAAAAACAGACAAAGAAUCCCAAGUCUCCUAAAGCACAGACAGCGAAAGAGUGGACCAUUCAGAACUGUAGUCCUCCAAAAGGUUCUGGAAAAAACAGCCUUGUUAAAGGUAAAAAGAAAGGUGGUGGAGGCAUUUGUGAAAAAGACAGCCCCAGUUCCUGCUCGGAGUCUGAGUCUUCUAAUGAAUCAACCAGCAAUGGACUCGGCAAUGUCAUUUUGGAGGUUAAAAAGUCUGAGAAAAUAUCAACUGAGCUGUCAAAGGAAGGAUCCUGUCUGAAAAACCCACCUACAAACAAAUUGGCUGCAAAAGCUGGCUUUAACUUUACACCCAUUAAGGGCAAGACAAGAAAAGCAUCAUCUUCUAGUUCAGACUCCAGUUCAGAGUCAGAAAACCAAUGCAUAAUAUCCAAGAGCACGGCGGUGUGUGCUGCAGGUUUCUUAAAAACAGCCGGCCUCUUUGCAGGGAGUGGUUGUCCUGGGCCAGGGCCGUCCUCACAGACUCCAAGUGCUACCGGAUGGAAGCACUCUGACUCGAAUGGUGGCAGACAGGCUCCUGGUCCUCCUCCCAACUUGUCUGUCCCCAUCGGUUUGGGAAGAGGAUGGGGUAGAGGAGAGGACCUUCUUUCUUGGAAGGGAGCCAGGGGGCGGGGAGUACGGGGGAGAGGUCGAGGACGAGGGCAAACCAUUCCUUGUGUUUUAAACAGAAACAGCGACUAUCAGAAGCAGCAACAAUUAAAUGAAUUGCUAACAAACUCAUCUACUAUUAUUCAGAAUCCAGUAGAGAUACAAAAGAAGGACUAUAGUCUGUUACCACUAUUAGCAGCUGCCCCUCAAGUUGGAGAAAAGAUUGCAUUUAAGCUUUUGGAACUAACAUCCAAUUACUCUCCUGAUGUCUCUGAGUACAAGGAAGGAAAAAUACUAAGCCACAAUCCAGACACCCAGCAAGUAGAUAUAGAAAUCCUUUCAUCUUUACCUGCCAUAAAAGAACCUGGGAAAUUUGAUUUGGUUUAUCACAAUGAAAAUGGAACUGAGGUAGUGGAGUAUGCUGUCACACAGGAGAGGAAGAUCACUGUUUUUUGGAGAGAAUUGAUUGACCCAAGAUUGAUUAUUGAUCCUCCGAAUAAUAACACAUCAAAUGCAUCACUUGCCUGAGGAUGAUCUUUCCACUUCAUAGUUUAUAAAUCUCUGUUUGUGAAAGUGACUAUAACUUGUACUUUUUUUAAAAAGAGGAUUUGAAAAUUGUAUGCAUUUUUGUUAUCUUCACUUUACUGCAUAGGAUAAAGAUCUACCUCAUCAUUUAAAAUAACAGGUAUUGGUUUUGUAGACCUUUUUUUUUUU